ACCCCCGGGGCCGGAAUGCGGAAGCAGUGGCUGCGGGGAGAAGAGGAGGAGUCCGGGGGAGACAGAGCGGGGUGACUCCCGGAGACAGAGCCCGGGACUGCGGAGGAGACCUGGAUUUACACACCCCAAAUACAGACACCCCCCAAGGACACGUGUAGAAGGAGAGGCGAGGGGAAGACCCGGAUUUACCGGUCCCGGCAGCCGCCUGGGUUGCUAUUCGUACGAUACACGAGCCAGGCUGGCAUAGCCAGCCCCACCAUGCCACCCACCUUGUGAACCAUGUCCACCGAGACCGCCCCACCCCCGGACCAUGAGUCUGUGCCUCCGGUGCCAGGCCCGGGCAUCACGGAGCCAAAAAAGAAGAAGCACAAACCGGGCACCUUGCGGCGGGCUCUGAGCUGGCUCCGUGGGCGCAGGAAGAAGAAGCCAGAGGCCAAGCAGCAAGAGAGCAAAGCUCAACCCAAAAAUGAUGGCGAUUCCCAACCUACAACUGCUCCCGGAGAUGAACCCCCUGAAAAUGUUUUCUUUCCUUCCGGAAGCACACCCUUCCUGGAAGAUAUCCACAACCAGGCUCAAGAGGGCCUUAAAUCUCUGCAGAGAAGAGAGAAACAGAACAAGAACAACACGCAGGAUGAGAACAAGAGCCCCCAGACCCCGCUUGAUACUGCUGAAAACGGAGUCAGCGCUCAUUCGCUUCCUUCCGCCACAGAAAACACUGAUGAUGCUAUGUCCGUUCGUUCAGAGAUGAUACAACGCAAAGGCUCUACUUUUAGGCCUCAUGAUCCACCGAGAAGUCCCUCAGGGAGGUCAGGAAGGAAGCAUAGACAGAAAAGGGCCACUGUGGUGGGUGUCCCACAUCACAUUGCUGCAGAACUUGGGCUCCAGUCCCGUUCCUCAGCCUCACACCGGGGCAUCCAUGAGCUUUUUCCACAGGCAGACCAAGGCAUGACUAAGCUUGGAACUUGUGUCCCUGUGGUGAAUGGCUCUCCAGGGUCAGAACAAGAAUUUGUAGUGAUUCCCACAGUGGAUGGUAACCAGACUGCAAGACCACAGGAUGGAGCUCGUGUUUCGCUGGCAGCACUGGAGAACACUGAGGCUGCUCUUCAGCGACAUAUAAACAGGGUGUAUCAAGAUGACAGCUGUAUUGGCUGGAAGUCUGGACCAAAGAUAUCCCCCUUGCUUCUUCGUCCAAAGUCUUUGGCCGUCCCUGGCAUGACUACGCAUUCCUCCCAGAACGACCCUGUGGGCCCUGUCAUGUCGAUAUCACCACAGGCCACAUAUAUGUCUAAAAUAAUUCCCAAUGCAGUGUUGCCUCCUAUGGUCGAUGUGGUGGCACUAAGCCGAUCCAGUGUUCGGACUCUAAGCCGCUGUAGUCUGACAACAGCCAGCCCAGCAUCAGUGCGUGGAUCCUUACUCAGAGGAAGGGGUCAGUCUUUCUCCAGUGACGCGUGGAGUCGCUCUCAGUCCACCGAGACCAUUGUUUCAGACUCCUCCACUAUUUCCUCUCAUGGAGGAGGACACACACGGGAGACAGGUGAAAGGCAUGAGUCAGGUCUGAGUACAGGUAGAACAUCUCCUGCUCCUAGCACAGGCACCCAAGACGAGUCAGAUGCUGCCAGUAUGUGUAGUGGCCGCUCGUCCAUUCGUAGUGUGUCCUUGCGUAAGAACAAGAAAGCUCCACUGCCUCCUAAGCGAACCUAUUCACUGCAGCAGCAGAGGGGCAUGGGACUCCCUCCCAGGCCUGAAAGGAAACCUUCCAGUAAGCCUAACCAUGCACCGGAUCCUUGGGUGUUGCGAACAGGUGGGAUGGCAGUAGAGAAUGAUGUGUUUUCAACAGCCUUGGAUGAAGUCAAACUGAACUCCCCCAGUAGGUCAGACAGAACUCUGUCGCCUUCCAGUGGUUAUUCCAGCCAAAGUGGGACUCCCACUCUGCCUGCAAGGGCUCUGAUUGAGUAUCCAGAGUCUCCUGGCUCACGUAAGAAAAUACCCACAAAGCCAGAGAGGACCAGUCUUGUUAAGUCAAUAGCUGUUGAUCCCACAACUACUUUAUCUUCUACUGAAAAAACUUCUCCUGUUCUUGCUAGUCCCCCAAGAGCUGGCUCUUCCAUGCCAUACCAAGAACGGCAAGACCUUAUUCCCCCACACCCAAAAGUGCCUGCUCCAUUGUGCCCACCACCCAUCAAGGCACUGGUGGGAAGCCAAAAAUCCACUCCACCUCCAUCUCCACCACCCACUCAUCAUCCCACACCACCACCAGCACGGAAAUCUGAGUCAGAUGCUGAUGUCUCAAAUUCUGCAUUAGAGGAGACUGUUCAAAAGGAAUCUUUGUGGCCUCCACCACCUCCUGAGGUUCCAGAUGAGCAGGAUCUGUCUAUGGCUGAUUUUCCACCACCUGCAGAUGAACUAUUUUUACCCCCUCCGACAGCCCUUGAACCAGAAGGCCCUCUCACAACUGAACAGUUACCUGUUGUUGCUCGUGAUGACCAUGAUUUACUUGCUGAAAGAACAUCAAAAAUAAUUACCAAUGAAGAGAAGCCUUUGAACAUUACCAAUGCUUUCAUGGCCCAGCCUGCUCCUGUGCCACACUUUGCCACAGAGUCUUCCACAGCUCAAGAGCCACCUUUAGCUAAAGAGCAAUCAGCACCUUCUGUCCCUCUGUCUUCAGAUUCCUCAAAGACUCACCUGGUUCCAUCUUCGAAUAUAGAGCCUCCUUCACCUGCUCCUCCAGGAACCUCAACAUAUAAACCACAUUUUAUUACCACUACAUCAACUUUAACCACUGACAUUAACAACAUUGAACCUACUGUGCCACAUGUUCCUUUGGAUCCACCUGAUAUCGCUUUAAAAGAAACUGUUUCCAAAGAAUCAAGUGAAACCACUGUAUCAUCAUCUCAUUCAGUAACUACUGUUCCACAGUCUGCUGUUGUAUCAGCAGACUGCACUGUUCCAGUGAUGCCAGACACCACCAGCACACGCCCCACCCCAAGUGUCUGGAAACCUGUCAUUGCCCCUGGAGGAAGUCCUAAGAAAGUGGCUGCACCCAUUCAAAAUGCUGCAUUGUCUCAAAAAGAAGAUGCUAACUUGCCCAUUGUCACACCUUCCUUAUUGCAGAUGGUUCGCCUGCGUUCUGUACAAGUUAGAGGACCACAGGUGCACAGCACUCAACAUUCAUCUGGACUCCCUGCCCCUCAGAAACCAGUUCGCAAAUCCUUGUCCCUUAGGUCCCCUCCAGGACCAGACUCUCCCCCAGGGGAAGUUCCUGUGGGAUCUUCACAUCUGCCUCUGAAGUCCCCAGAUCCAGAUCCUUCUUCACACAGAUCCUCAGCUUCUGCUGCUAGCUUUGUAUUUGCUCGGGGAUCCAAGAAGUUUGUGUUUGAGCCUCCUGCAUCCCAAGAAGCUGAGUCAUCCUUAAAGAAGGAUCUUGUGACUGAACUUAAAUCAUACGGGGGACCACGCAGCCCAGAGGGUAAACCACCACUUCAGAAAAAGCCUAGCAAGAUCCCCCCACCUGUUGCAAGGAAACCAUCAUUGGGUAUACCACGAACCCCCAACAGUCCUCAGACGCCUAACAGCCCUUUGACAUCAACUGCAGGCAGCAAUGGCAGUGUAUUCACACCAUCCAGUGCAGGGCCAUCUUCACAAGUAACUGGCACAGAUGUAGCUGUGACAAUGGCAGGCCAUGAGCAGCAAAACUAGAACCCUGUGGGACAAGCCUGGCCGGUUGUGGGGAUAUUCAGGGAUGUGCUGUCUCAGGGACGCCUCUGCAGGAGAUCCCCGCGUACUACUGGAUUCACACAAUUUGCCUUAACCAUGGACAGCCUUGGUUUUUAUACAACUGGUGAUGGAUUUCACUUUAAUCUACUAACUGUCCUUGGACUGGAGAGGUUCUGUUUCACCAUGACUUGGCUUGGAGCUCCCUCUGUUGGGGACAACGUGAUUCUGCAACGUUCUCAACAAACUGAUGCUGGACUGUUUGAAAUUUUAGCUUUUUAAAUAAUUUUAGUUUUUUUUCUUUUUAAGCUCCUUGGCUUCUAAAUCAGU